AGGCGGAGGCGGGGGCGGGGACGGCGGGAGAGGGCGGGCAGGCCGUCCGUCAGCUGAGCGGCCAUGGGCGCGCCGUGAGGGCUGUUUUAGAGAUGUCCAACAAGUCGAAGGGCCGUCCUGCUGAAAAUGGAGAGCAUUCCAAGAGUAAAAUGGAAAAUGGAGUGGACAGCAUGGCAGCCCCAGCCCUUAACACCUACACCCCGGAAGAGAUGGUGCAACAGAUGAAAGAACUAAUCACUGAGAAUAAUGAAUUAAAAGAGGCCAUGAAGUUGCACAACCAAGCUAUGAAGGACCGAUAUGAGGAACUUUCCACCUGGAGAGAGAAGCAGAAAGAAGAGCGAGAAUUUUAUGAGUUAAAGUUUAAGGAGGCAAAGCAGUGCUUGCAGGCCAAGUGCAUUGAAAAUGAACAGCUACAGCAGCAACUUCAGAGCUUAAAGGAAAGAGAAGAAGGAGCUGAAAUGGAGGGCUGCGUGGCUCCUGAGAAGGAAGUGAGGCAGCUGAAGUCCCAGGUGCAGCGGCUCCAGGCUGAGAAGGCAGAUCUGCUCGCCAUCAUUUCAGAGCUGCAGGUCAAGUUGAACAUCUCAGCAGAGGAUUCCUUUGUGGAGAUUGGGAUGAAUGAAGGGGAAAUUAAUAGAACUGCAAAGGAACAUCAAGAGAAUAGUGGUGAAAUGCCCAGUGAUAUUGCUGUCUACAUCAGGAGCAAAUCUGCAGAUGAAUCGAAGAAUUUGGAGUCUGAGGAGCUAACUGUGAGCCAGCUGCUCUGCAGCCUUAGAAAUGAAACUCAGAAGAGGGAAAAACUUGAGGAGGAGCUGCAGGAUCACAGAGAGAGACUGUCAAAGCUGGAGAAGGAGACCAGAAACUGCCUGGAGAGAGGGACACAAACUGAACAGGAAGAAGAGAGUUCAGAAGCUGUUGGCAGUGAAGUAGAAGCCCUGAAUCUGCAAGUUUGUGCUCUGUUUAAAGAGCUUCAGGAAGCCCAUGAGAAGUUAAAAGAAGCAGAAUUGAUUCAGAAGAAGCUUCAAGAAAAGUGCCAGGUACUGGAAAGAAAAAGCUUGGCUGCUGCAUCGGAAUUGGAGGAGAAGCAGCAGCUGAUAUACACCAUCAAGAAGCUGGAACUUCAGGUGGAGAGCAUGCAGGCAGAGGUCAAGCUGGAACAAGCCAAGACACAUGAAGAAAAGACAAGAUACAAUAACCUCCAAGAUUCAUAUAGCAAACUCCUUCCAGAACUCACUGAGGCAAAGAAAAAAAUUGAUGAAAUGAAACUCAAAGAGCUGGACAGAGUAGAUAAAGCUGUGGUGGAACAACUGACAGCAAAGGUGGAGUUGGCAGAACAAGCCCUUGCUGCAAAGCAGCUCCAGAUAGAUGAAAUGAAGCAGAUAAUUGCUAAGCAUGAGGAGGAUCUUGAAACUAUGUCUGUGCUCCGUGCUCAGAUGGAGGUUUAUUGUUCUGAUUUCCAUGCUGAGAGGGCAGCAAGAGAGAAGAUCCAUGAGGAGAAGGAGCAGUUGGCUGUCCAGCUGGCAUACCUACUAAAAGAGCAGCAAAACUUUGAAGACCUUGGCCGAACCUCUCUGGCAGAGAUGCAGAGUCGCCACGGAGCCAGAAUGCCGGAUCAGGAGCGCUCACCUCACCUUGUCCAAAGAGGAACUAAUAGUCAAGACUGGCCAGAGCAGCGGAAUAUUUCUAUUUAUUCAUGUCCUAAAUGUGAAGAAAUCCUACCUGAUUUGGACACACUGCAGAUUCACGUUAUGGACUGCAUUAAUUGAGUGAUGCUUUCCAGUUCUUUGUCUUCUGGAAUUUCACCUGCCAAACACUUGUGGGUUUUUUCCUUCUUGCUCAAAUAAUGCUCAGCUCUUAUGUCCUAUGAAGGAGGUUUUCAGAGGUUUGCUUUGCUAAUUCAAUGGGAAAAGGGUAAAAACUCUUCCUGUGUCCUGUAGUGACUAAUCUUGUUGUAAUCUGAUUUAGGGAAGGAGUUUUCAUAGAUUAACAACAUGGAUGUGCUACAGAACUUGCAGUGUGUCUGCUGCUAUGAAAGCUUUCAGGAACAUUCCCCUGAAGUGCUCUGCUCUAUGGCUACUCUGCAGAACGGGGCUGAAUCACUGAAGUCAGAGGAGAGAUGAGAUAUUUGCUGAUCAAAUAUAUAUAUAUAUAUAUUUAUAUAAAAUAUCUGUGAGCCUAUAAAUACUUCAUCUCUUACAUACUAUAUACCAGGAAAGUAAUACACGAAAAAAGCUGUUUGAGAAGCUUUCAGCAAAAUGGAAUAGUGCUGUAUUCAUCGAGAAUUUGAAGUGAACCCUGAUCUUUCUCCAGAUGGCCAUUUCAUUGCUGCCCUUGUGACCAUACUAAUCUGAUGUUAAAUUUUUGAUGGCUUAUGUAACUUCUUGCUUUAGCCAGAUGUGGGUAUGGUUUAAAACAGAUCAGCUAGGUCUGAUAUAUGUAGCUCCUGCUGUACUCAAUUCACUUGUUUUAUAGAACUGUUAAUUUUUAUGAUGUUGUCUUAAUUUUUCUUUAUUAUAAUACAAGCAUUUGAACUUAUACAGUAUUGUGGUAGAAAGCACUGAGAUGGAUGUAACCUAAUUUAAAAAGAGUAUAGUGGAUUUUCACGUAUCAAAAUAAAUCUAUUACAAUUAUAAA